AUGGGGUCUGGAAGCUCCAAGUCUGACGAGACGGCCACCCUUCAGCCUGGUGCCUCCCGAACCGCACAAUUCUUCAAGGACGAGGAGAUUCCGAUUUCCAGAGGCUUCCCCGUCAAGACCUAUGCAUUACCGGCACAUGCGAUACCGAACUCGCCCCAGGUCUUCACGCGCGGAGGAGACUCGGACUGGGACCCUCAUACCCCCGCUACCGAACUGCCCGCACGAAGGAAGUCGAGCUUCCUACCAUGGAAGAAAUCUUCAACCUCAAAAGCUCCUCAGGAGCCUAUGACAGAAUACUUCCCGGACCCGCGUCCAUACUUGCCAGACUCGCGGCCAUCGUCAGUGGUUAACGAUGGUUCCGAGGGGAACACGCCGGGGUCUUUUGUGUUCUCGCAAGCCAGUCCGGCGUCGACCGUGGCAACCCCUCCAACAUCUCCACUCUCCCCCUUUGGUAGUAUCCGACGAAAACCGAUAGGUUUAAGGCCUACCGCUUCCUCUCCCAAUUUACUUGCACCGAAUAGCUCUCGUCCGUUCUUUCCGCUAGCAAGAAAUGCUCAGUACAAGUCAACUCUAUCUUCCCUUUUGGAAACUCCAGCACCUUCGAGACCACGGCGAGGCUCGGAUCUGGAGCCGACUCACAAUGCCUCGCUCUUUGGCGCUGCUCCCUCCCUGGAACAUUCUCGAGGCCAGGCACCUAUUCCAUUUAGCCCAAGCGAGUCGAAUGCGGCAGCGUUGUCCAACAAUGAACAACUACUAUCCGACGCCCGCCAGGUGGUUGAAAUGGAACACGACCUUGACCUUCUUAUGGCCUUGUCAGAAUCCAUGGACAGAUCAAGCCAAGGAAAGCAAACAGCAAGGUCACCUUCACCAGCGGAAUCCUCACACUGGCGCAGUCCUUCACCUGCUCCAUCAGACUCUAGCGACGACCUAGUCUUGUACAGAGGCAGGAAUAAUGCCAGAAAUGGGAUUAGCAAACCGCGUGCGGCAACUCCGCAGCGUAUAUCAACACAAGAACAACUGGAUCGAGAGUUGGCGCAGCAAAUACAGAGGGAGGAAGAAGAGAGGGCUUCGUCUCACACAUCUUCUUCCCGAACAAGACACAUUCCCGGUGCUUUCGUCCCUCCGACAUUCGCAUCAUCUUCUUCGACAUUUGCAUCAUCUUCAUCUGCAUCGUCUCGCGGACUACACUCGAAUAAUCCCUUUAGCAGAAGGAUAUCACUCCGCAGUGAGCCGGCAACUGAACUCCGUGAUAUUCCGCUGAGUAAGGCUACUUCACCCCGUAGUCUGGAUCCCGACGAACUUCUGGCUAGGCAGUUGCAAGAAGAGGAGAACCGUGGUGUACCCAGGCAAGCAUCUCGUCCACAAGAAGACGCCGAUCUAGCAUUAGCUAUCAAGCUAGCAGAGGAGGAAAACCAACAUCUACGCCAAAUUAAUGCGGCGCCCAAGAAAAGGGACUGUGCAGUGUGUGCAGAAAGCUAUCCUAUUCCCGAUCUACCCUCUCUCAUGAACUGUGAGCACGAGCCUCAAGUCUGUAGCGACUGCUACCAAGGCUGGAUUGCUUCGGAACUGAACAGCAAGAGCUGGAAAGAGAUCAAAUGCCCAGAGGAGGGUUGCAAACAAAUUUUGAAUCACGCGGAGGUGCAAGAGUAUGCCACGCCGGAAGUCUACGCAAAAUUCGAUGCCCUCUCUGCCCGCGAAGCACUCAAUGACGACCCCAACUUCCGAUGGUGUCGUGGCCCUAAUUGCAAAUCCGGUCAAAUACACGAAAGCGACGUUUCUGGCAACAUCUUUGUGUGCGUAGACUGUGGUUUCAAAGUCUGUACUGUUCAUGAGGGCGUAUGGCAUGAAGGGGAAACUUGUGAAGAGUAUGAUUAUAGAACAAGUGGGAGGAAAGAGAAAGACCAGAAAGCACAAGAGGAGGCUUCUGCUGCCGAAAUCGCUAAGAUCACAAAGAAAUGUCCGGGGAAGAGGGGCAACUGUGGGUGGAAUAUCGAGAAGAAUGAUGGGUGCGAUCAUAUGACUUGUACCAAGUGCAAGCACCAAUUCUGCUGGAUCUGCAUGGCCGACUACCAACCCAUCCGAGACAAGGGAAACUCUGAGCAUGAGACAGACUGCAAAUACCAUUCUAGCAAGCUCCCGACGCUUCCGCCUGAGCAGGCUGUGUAA